GAGUGCAGUUCAGACAUCCAGACAUGCAGUGCAGACAUACGCGGCGGCGUUGAAUUGAAUUCCCACUGACACUCCCCACCUACGCUGCCUCCAACCAGGAGCUCCUCUUCAAUGCCCGCAUUCAAUGCCCUCGUUUCCCUCUCCUCCCCCGUCCUUCCUCUCUCUCUCAACGAGCACACACGGGCGCCGCUCUUCCUCACUCCAAGCCCGCCGCCGCUCGUCUCUUGGUGGUCGGGUGCAGCGGGGAGACCUGCCGAGCGUGGAUUGGUUCUUUCUUCUGCUGGUUCUUCUUCUUCAUCACCACUCAAGAUAGGCAUUAGUUUGUUACUCAAAGAUUUCGUGGGUUCGGCUAGCCCAAUGCCCCACGCUGAGUCCACCCCUGUGGAGCAGGGGAGUCGAGGAAGCAAGAUGCUGCACUGACGCUCGUGCUUCCACUGUUCAUGCGUGCUGGGAGGGGGACGCUUGAAGCAAUCUUGGUCCAAGAAAGCGUCGAUUUUCUGGGUCCUAGGGAAGAAAAAGAGCAAAUCAACAAAGCAGUGUCCUGUUCAAAUGCUAUGCAGUGAGGGUGACUGAUUAGCCACGCCACCAUCCCUGUUUCUUGCUUCCUCGUAUGUACUGAGGAAAAAGGAAUUUGCCCAGCAUGAACGCCCAAGGCCCCAAGUUUCAAGAAAUGGACCAUGUGUUAGUUCUAGCAGUAUGCUUCCUGGUUUUGCUGCCUGGCUGGGCCUGUGGCCUUGGCUCCAUGUCAUCCAUUGCAGUGUCUUAUGGGGAGGAUGGCCCGGUGUUCUGCGGCAUGAGCUCCGAUGGCUCCCACAUUGUCACAUGCUUUGGUGCGGAUGCCUCUGUUCUGUAUGGCGCUCCCCCCAAUAUCCCUUUCCUCGGCCUUACAGCGGGGGACGGGUUUGUGUGCGGUCUUUUGCUUGAUACCAGGCAGCCUUACUGCUGGGGGAGCAACUCCUACGUCAAGAGUGGUGUGCCACAACCGAUGAUAGAGGGCGCAAAGUAUUCUGAGCUCAGUGCAGGGGACAACCACCUUUGCGCGCUGCGAGCAUCCGCAGAUGGAAUUCAUGGUGCUAAUGGUGGCACGUCACUGAUUGAUUGCUGGGGAUACAAUAUGACUGCCACACAUGUUGUCACUGAAGCCGUUUCUACCAUCUCAGCCGGUUCGGUGUUCAAUUGCGGCUUGUUUGCACAGAACAGGACGGUGUUCUGCUGGGGUGAUGAAACGGUGAGUGGUGUUGUCGGACUGGCACCAAAGAAUGUGCAGUUCCAGUCUAUAGGAGCAGGUGGCUUCCACGUCUGUGGGGUGUUGGAGAAUGCACAGGUGUUCUGCUGGGGCAGGAGCAUGGAAAUGCAGCAAGUGGCACCGUCUAGUGCUAUUGGUGAUGGGGAUGUGAACAUAGUACCAAUGGAUGCGAUGGUCUCUGUAGUCGGUGGACGGUUUCAUGCUUGUGGCAUCAGGAGCCUUGAUCACCAAGUAGCUUGCUGGGGUUUCACACUUCAUAACAGUACAUCGCCACCAAAAGGGCUGAAGAUGUAUGCACUUGUGGCCGGGGACUACUUUACUUGUGGUGUGCCUGCUGAAACAUCUCUGAUGCCAAGGUGCUGGGGCAACAGUGGGCCAUCGGCACUACCAAUGGCGGUUCCCCCUGGGAUUUGUGUACCUACUGCAUGCAGCCGUGGGUACUACGAGUAUGCGAACCAUGGUAAGCUUGGCAGCAGCAAGGUCUGCAAGCCUGCAAAUUCUAGACUCUGCUUGCCCUGUAGUGCAGGUUGCCCAGAAGACUCAUAUGAGUCAUCGCCCUGCAAUACCACGGCUGACCGCAUUUGCCAGUAUGAUUGCUCAAGGUGCGUCACAGAUGAGUGCAUGUCAUUCUGCUUAUCCCAGAAGCAGACCAAGAGCCAGAAAGUAAUGGCUUUUCAGCUGCGUAUUUUUGUGGCAGAGAUUGCGUUUGCCAUCAUUUUGGUGUUGAGUGUGACAGUAAUUGCUUGCCUUUAUGUCCGGCACAAGCUUCGGCAUUGUCAAUGUCCAAAUAGCGAGCUGAGACUGGCAAAGAGCACAGCAUAUUCCUUCCGGAAAGAUAACAUAAAGAUCCAGCCUGAUGUGGAGGAUCUGAAGAUCAGGAGAGCUCAGGAAUUCUCCUACGAAGAAUUAGAGCAAGCAACUGGUGGCUUCUCGGAGGAUUCACAAGUCGGCAAAGGCAGCUUUUCAUGUGUGUUCAAGGGCAUCUUGAGGGAUGGGACAGUGGUUGCUGUGAAGCGUGCAAUAAAAGCAUCAGAUGUGAAGAAGAACUCAAAGGAGUUCCAUAAUGAACUCGACCUCCUCUCUAGGCUCAACCAUGCGCAUUUGCUCAACCUGCUUGGUUACUGCGAGGAUGGCAGUGAAAGACUCUUAGUUUAUGAGUUCAUGGCUCAUGGAUCUCUGUACCAGCAUCUGCACAGCAAGGAUCCAAACUUGAAGAAGCGACUGAAUUGGGCCAGGCGGGUCACCAUUGCUGUCCAAGCUGCUAGGGGAAUUGAGUACUUGCAUGGCUAUGCUUGCCCUCCUGUAAUUCACCGAGACAUCAAGUCGUCAAACAUAUUGAUUGAUGAGGAUCACAAUGCUCGUGUCGCUGACUUUGGUCUAUCUAUAUUGGGUCCUGCAGAUAGCGGCACCCCACUGUCUGAGCUGCCAGCAGGGACACUUGGCUACCUUGAUCCCGAGUACUACCGUCUCCAUUACUUGACUACGAAGUCCGAUGUCUACAGUUUCGGAGUUGUUCUCCUGGAGAUCCUAAGUGGCAGGAAAGCGAUCGACAUGCAGUUUGAGGAAGGGAACAUUGUUGAAUGGGCAGUACCACUGAUCAAAGCUGGGGACAUUUUUGCAAUCCUUGAUCCAGUCUUAUCUCCACCCUCAGACCUUGAGGCUCUCAAGAAGAUUGCUUCUGUGGCAUGCAAGUGUGUCAGAAUGCGAGGGAAAGACCGGCCUUCCAUGGAUAAGGUGACAACAGCUCUAGAGCAUGCCCUUGCUCUGCUUAUGGGCAGUCCAUGCGUUGAGCAACCCAUUCUGCCAACUGAGGUUGUUCUUGGAAGUAGCCGGAUGCACAAGGUGUCACAGAUGUCCUCUAACCACUCUUGCUCAGAGAACGAGCUUGCCGAUGGGGAGGACCAGCGGAUCGAGUACAGGGCGCCAUCUUGGAUAACUUUUCCAAGUGUGACCUCAUCGCAGAGGAGGAAAUCAUCUGCAUCAGAAGCUGACAUCGCUGGCCGAACGACCACAGAUGGCAGAAAUGCCGGGAGCAGCAUAGGUGAUGGACUGCGGUCGCUGGAGGAAGAGAUCGGGCCGGCCUCACCUCAGGAGAACCUGUACUUGCAGCAUAACUUCUGAAGAAAUGUCAGGAGCAGCAGAACAUGCAGUGACUCUGCCAUUUGUGAGCAGCAUUUCAAGUUCAGACUUCGUGACCUACUGCUAUAUGGAAAUGCAUCACAGUGUUUAUACAUCCAUAGUAGCAGGCCAUUUAAAAACAGAGAGCUAGUUAUUAGAGAAGAAACCAGGAAGCAUACUGCUAUAUUAGAGUACUGGAAAAAAAAUUAGCAUCUGGGGGCCUUUCUUUGUAGAUUGAUUUGGUUUCUUCUCUUCUUUCUGAUGCUAUUUAUCUGCGGAUGGUGGUGGUUAAUGGAUUAUCUUAUAUCGUUAGCUUAUGGAAUUGUGUAGUAUUCCUUAAUCCUGCAAAACAUCUCUUCAUGUCAAUUUUCUUCUGGCAGCAAAUUGCAGUGCUAGAUGCCAGUAGCUUUGGGAACCAACUGCAUGUCUGGAUCAUCAUAUCUAACAUUAGUUAACAUAUGUUCUUGUGGAAGGUUUCUUUAGUUGCUUUGCUUGUGAUUCUCAGUAAGAGGUUGGUUGGCCCAGUCUUCUUCGGUAACAGGUGAGAUGUAAUUCUCAGUGGUCUGCCUCAGCGAUGGCUGCUGCCAUGUUCCAUGAACUGCUUAGGGUGUUUGCUUUCAACAUAAUGGAGACAAGUUGCUGUUGAUCAAUUAAUGUUGCUGUGACCUAAUAAACUUGCCAUUAUGUUUGUUGUCGAUGCUUCUUUCAGAAGUCAUCUUGU